AUGAAAGUAAUCCUGCUGAGUUGGCUAUUCGUCCUUCUGGUCGCCAUCCUCGCGUCCCCUUCCGCUCAGGGAGCCAGCAGUGAUUCAUCGACGGACUCUACCACCACCGACGCCACCACCACCAUUGCUCCUGCUGCUGGUGGUGCUGGUGCUGGUGGUGGUAAAAGCUCUUUUCAAUCCACUCCAAGCAGUUCGGCUAGCGGCAGUUCAGGAAGCCCUGCAGCAUGCGGCAAUCCAGGGGGCAAUCCUGGAGGCAAUGCCGGCAGUGGCGGUUCACAGUCAGAUCAUGCAUUUGCUGCAUCGCCUUUGACGAUAGCACCGUUUGCUCUCACCUUCCUUCUGUUUGCUCUAUCAACGAAAAUCUUCAAAGUUCCCUAA